CUUCUCUCUACUCCACCCCCUGCUCCACCAGAGAAUAAUAUUUUGUGUGGUGAUUUAGUAAAUUUAAAUUAUUUUAGAUGUCUAUUUCAUUACUUUUUUUAUAAUAAAGUGGUGAGUGGUUGCAAGCUUCAAUAAGAAAAUUAAUGUGAAUCAGUUGGUGGUGUAAACUCCUCAAUGAUUGAGAAACAUUGUUAAAGGAAUUUGUUUUCAAUGAAUGCCGGAGAAGUGAUGAAUAGACAAUUUGAGUGGUGAUCACCAGAAAACACAGGGUAGAACUGUGAAACUUCAAGAUCAUUCAGAUAUGGCCGAUAAUGUUGAGAUAAUUCCCAGCGAUGAUCCUGUUGAUGAGAAAUAUCGAGUUUAUGCCAGUAUUGCUUUUGCACUAUUACUGUUGGGCGUUGGAAUACCUCUUUGGUGGCAUACAACAGCUGUUCCUCGAGUAGCUCUGCCGUAUUCGGGGAUCGACGACUUAUCGAACCUGGAACUCAAAAUCCUUUCUACAAUUACCAUUGCAUCGAUUUCAAAGAGCCGUGGUGAAUUACUCGCAGAAGAAAUUUCACGGGAAUUCAAAAACUGCGAGUUGUACAAAAUAGUCAUUAGGAACAAACAGAUAUCAAGGGAUCUCACCAGCUCAGCAUUUACGCCAUCUGAUCACGAAGAAAUCGCGAGGGAUUUCGACGUUAAAGAAGGAGAAAUCUUAUUAUUGGAGGCACCAAAUUUGGACAAAGUACUUGUUGGCUCCAAUCGAAGUGUCUUCUUCCCUUCUGAUACUAGUGGAUUCAAAUUAACCCAACUCCUGUCUCAAUGGAUCUUGAGGAACGAAUCUCUAGCAUUAACACGCAACGCAUUGACCGAUCCAACGAAAUACCGUUUGGAUGAUGAAAAUCGUCGGAGAUUUCCAGCCAGUUCAGCCUACGACGUUCUUCUUACCGUCAUAAACCCAGAGCCUGAGAAGUUAAAUGUUGACUGGGAUCUCCCUAAACUUGUUAAAGAUUAUUUGGAGCCGUUUUUGGAUCACGUAGCUUCAAUCGCAACUUUCUCUGUCAAAUCCCAAUGGCUGUAUUUGAUGCCACUUGAUGUCAGACCGAAGCAAAUUCCAGAUAACAGUGUUCUGGGUCGACAUUACGCCUUAUCAGAAGAUGUUCUACCUCAAUUAAUAACUCCAUUUGAAAAGAAAAUUGCUUCUCAGGUGAGUCGUCAUCCCUGCAUCAACCUAAUCACAUACAUGGCUCCUUGUGAACAUGCGCCAAUUCAUAUUUACACAAGAGAAGGCCACAAAACGAAAUUUAUGCACAAUUUGGAAGGAUUUCUAUCCCCUCGAUGGGGAGCAGUUGCAAUAUCUAAUCCAGAUCCUCAAGCUUGCGCAGAAUCAAAAGAAAAUGAGAUUAUUAAAUCCAAUGUCAGCCCUGCUGCUGUUAUGGGAGCAUUUGUGACGCAACUGCGGCUACUUCUGGGGAUCCCCGAUCCAAACGACAUCAUUGGAGGGGCUCAAGUGAGCCCUCUCGUUGACUCGAAACCGAGACAAUGGGAAUUGGACGCUCUUCUGCGUGUUCGUGCCAUUGAACAGUUGACAUCAGCAAAACUUACUUUGCAAUCUUUGGCUCAAUUGCUAAAAGAAAUUAGUAAUAUUGUUAUCACAGAUACCGUUGCUAACAGGAUAAAAAGUGCACUUGAGCUUGUACAGCAAUCAGGGGACCAGUUAGAACGAGGACAAUUGACGCAGGGAUUUCUACUUAGUAAAGAAGCAUUUAUUACUGCCGAGGCCGCUUUUACCGACCCAUCGCUACUAGCACUUUUGUACUUCCCUGAAGAUCAAAAGUAUGCAGUCUACAUUCCAUUAUUUCUACCUGUGAUGAUACCCGUACUUCUCUCAUUGAAGAAAAUCAAGCGAUAUUACUUCUCCGGGCACUUCUGGCGGACUGGUUUUAAUUUUUUUUCCAAUGUUUCCAGUUAAUCAAAAUACGAAAAUACAUAUUUUCGAUGAAAUUUCGAUAUCGUGUGUUUGUGGUAUUAUUAAUGUAUUAUUUGAAUGAGAAAACAUAAAAUCGAAUGUAGAAAAACAAUUUGUAAUGAGAUUACAGUAACAUAAAUCAUGAUCAAAAAUGCUCCAACUGCGUGGCUGGAGUCUAUACGCAUUGAAAUAUUCGAGUUUUUUUUUUCAAUCCAUCAUCUGUUUAUUGAGAGCACAUAUUUUCCACCUGAAUGUUUGAUGGGAAAAUAAUAGAAAAAAUCAUAAAUAUUAUUCAUUUUGUAAAUAAGAGACAAGAAAUUCAUUCGCACUGGUCAACGUUUCACGUGCUUAUUCUCAUACACCCUUGGAUCAUUUCAAUUAAUGAAUUAACAUUAGUGUGUUAAGAAACGACUAAAAAAUAUGUACACUCGUAUCCAAUUUAUCCUCAACUAGUUAUAAAAAAGGUCAUUACAAAAGAACGAGAUGGUAAGUUACUUAGAAUUUAGAGAACCGCUAUACCCUGAGAAAUCUCUCUCUUUCUCCCCCCUACAAUCCUGAUCUUUCCAAUUUUCAAUACAAUGGAAAAAAAUAAAGACUUCAUUGAAAAACACUGAAACUCUGUAACCUGAAAAUAGUUUUAUAAAAGGACGGUAGGAAAGAUUAACAUAAAAUUUUCCUAUUCCAGUCUUUCCAUAAAAAACCAGAGAGAUUUUCCUGGAAGAAAUAAAAAAGAAAUCCUUUUUUAACACUCCAACCAUUUUGUGAAUCAACGCUUUCAAUUGUUCCAUUCAUCCAACCAACCAACUGAUUAAAUAAUUGAAAAUGCUAGUCUUUACAUAUUAUCCCAGAUCUGACAAGAUUAAUUUAAAAAUUUCAUGUGAUGGUGGCAAAUUGCAACAAUAUUAAAUUAUCCGUAAAAUACAGUAAAAUCUAAAAAUUACUGGAAAGAUAAACUUAAAAAAUAUAAACACUAAAAAUGAAUAAAA